AUGGCACCAAAUGUACCAGAGGUAACAAUGGAAAAUACAAAUACAGAUAUAAACACAAAUACAAACACAACUAUAAAUAGCAACAUGUUAGACGACUUAAAUUUAAAUAUCGAGUUAUUUAGAGCACAGGUUGAAUCUUAUAAAUAUAUAUCAAGGAAUUUACCAAUACCUCCAUAUUUACUACAAAAAAUGGGUCCAAUUUUAGAAAGAGCACCAGUACAAUCAUUUACAGAGGAGUUAGCAAAUUUAAAAUACUAUCCAAGGGGUUUAAUUAAAUAUGAUACAACCAAUAAUGUUCCAAUUACAACUAAUACAAUGGAAUAUCAACAUUUAUCAAAUCUAAGAUUAGCACAGAAGCAUGAAAAGGAUCAGUUAAAACUAUUUCAAAUUCAACAACAACAGGAAGAGGAGGAAGAAAAGUUAAAACAAGCCCAACAAUUAAAUAAGAGUAAUAAUAAUAAUAGUAAUAAAAUUACAGAAAUUGAAGAUAACGAAGAAGAAGUUAUAAAUAAGCCAAUGCUACCUACUGGUGUUUAUAGCAGUUUAAUUCCACCAGUCGAGAGUAUUAAAGGUUUACCAGAAGCCAUUCAAGCAAUUAAUGAAAGAGAUAUUAAAAUUCAAGCCAAAGUUCUAAUUCGUAUUGACGAGCUUAAAGAAAUACCAAUUCAUUGCUUACCACCAGAAGCUAGAAUUAGAUCACAAAUUGAAGCAAAGCAAUUAAGAUUAUUAGAAUUACAAAGAAAACUUCGUCAUGAUAUUGCCUCUGAAAUGGAGGAUCAAGUUUUAAUUAGAUCACUUAGAUUUAACGAGGAUGACAAUCUUUUUGUUAGACCAAUUCCAAGAGUUAUUUCAUCCCCAAGUGAAAUUAUUUUCGAUACCGAUGUUUCUACCCAAAUUCCAGAAAGUGUUAUUGCCACAAAUAAAAAGAAAUUCUUUGAAGCUCUUUUCACACACGCUAGAGACUUUAAAGAUUUCCAUUCUAAAAAGAAGAUUUCAAGAAAGCUUAUAAAUGCACUUCAAGGUUUUAUGAAAGAAAAAGAAAGAAAAGAAGCAGAACGUCUUGCUAAAGAGCGUAUUCGUUUGCUUAAAGCUCGUGAUACUGAAGGUUACAGAGAUCUUUUAGCAAAAACCAAGAAUGAACGUUUAGAAAUGCUUUUGGGUGAAACAGAUAGUCUUUUGCAAAGUAUUCAUUCAUUAAUGGAAAAAGAACAAAUUGAAAAAAGAGAGCGUGAAGCAGAAAGAGAAAGAAUGGAAAUUGAAAAAGCCAACUCUGAUGAUAUUGCCGAUGCAAAUAAUUCAAACAAUGGUGAACCAUCACAACCAAUCGCAUCAAUUACAUCACCAAUUAUUUCAACCACUACAAUUUUAUCAAAGAAAUCAUCACAUUUGGUUAUUGAACAACCAGAUCUUAUGACUGGUGGUAAAUUAAAAGAAUAUCAAGUCACUGGUUUAGAAUGGUUAGUUUCAUUAUACAAUCGUAAUUUAAAUGGUAUUUUGGCUGAUGAAAUGGGUCUUGGUAAAACUGUACAAACUAUUGCUUUUAUUUCUUUUCUUUAUGAAAGAAUGAAUGUCCGUGAACCAUUCCUCGUUGUAGCACCACUUUCAACCAUCAGUAAUUGGUCAUCUGAAUUUAUUCGUUGGUCACCAAAACUCCAUGUUAUUGUUUAUAAAGGAAAGCAAGAAGAAAGAAAAGAAGUUUUUAGACAAAUUCCAAAGAAUGGAUUUGUUGUUAUUAUUACCUCAUUCGAAUAUAUUAUCAAAGAUAAGAAUCGUUUGGGUAAACUAGAUUGGGUUUAUAUCAUUAUUGAUGAAGGUCAUCGUAUCAAGAAUAAAAAUAGCAAACUCUCACUUCAACUUCGUCAAUAUAAAUCCAAACAUAGACUUUUAUUAACUGGUACUCCAUUACAAAACGAUCUUAGUGAACUUUGGGCAUUAUUAAACUUUUUACUACCAAGUAUUUUCAACUCUGCUGAUACCUUUGAACAUUGGUUUAACGCUCCAUUCCAAAAUCAAUCAAAAAGCAAAUCAUUAAUCAAUGUAAAUGAAGAAGAACAACUCAUUAUUAUCAAUCGUUUACAUCAAGUUUUAAGAUUCUUUUUAUUGCGUAGAUUGAAAUCUGAUGUCGAAUCACAAUUACCAGAUAAAAAAGAAAAGGUUAUUAAAUGUAAUUUAUCUGCUCUUCAAAUUGCAAUGUAUAGAAGCUUAGUAGAGUAUGGUGUAUUACCAGUCGAUCCAGAUUCAAAAGAAGGUAGAGCCGGUAGAUUAAAGAUGAAAGGUUUCAACAAUAUUGUUAAGCAAUUGCAAAAAAUUUGUAAUCAUCCAUAUCUUUUUAAAGAAGAAUGGGAUAUCAACGAGGAUCUUAUUAGAUCUAGUGGUAAAUUUGAUACUAUGGACCAAAUCUUAACUAAAAUGCAUGCCAGUAAACAUAGAGUUUUAAUUUUCACACAAAUGACAGAGGUUAUCAAUCUUAUGGAAGAAUAUUUCUCACUCAAAGAAUGGACCUAUCUUCGUUUAGAUGGUUCAACUAAACCAGAAGAAAGAGCUCAUCUUGUUGUCGAAUGGAAUAGACCAGAUUCACCAUUUUGGAUUUUUGUUUUAUCAACUCAUGCUGGUGGUUUGGGUAUGAACUUACAAACUGCUGAUACUGUAAUUAUUUUCGAUUCAGAUUGGAAUCCACAAAUGGAUUUACAAGCACAAGAUCGUUGUCAUCGUAUUGGUCAAACAAAUGCAGUUAAUGUUUACCGUCUCAUCUCUGCAAACUCUAUUGAAGAAAAGAUUUUAGAAAGAGCCACUGACAAAUUAGAAAUUGAUGCCAAAAUUAUUCAAGCUGGUAUGUUUAACACUCAUUCAAACGAUCAAGAGCGUCGUGCUAAGCUCGAACAAUUCCUUCAUGGUUUCCCAUCCAAUACUGCUGAUGAAGUUCCAGUUGAUCUCAAAGAAAUUAAUACACUUAUUGCUAGAGAUGACGAUGAAUUUAUACAAUUCCAAGAGAUGGAUAAAGAAAAAGCCAAAAGAGAUCUCGCCGAAUCUAAAAAGAAUAAGAAACCAAUUAAACCACGUCUUAUGAUCGAAAAAGAAUUACCAGAAUGGGUCCUCCAAACUCCAGUCAUUGAAAAAGAUGAAGAUUUAAUUGGUAAGCGUCGUCAAACUGCUGUUGCCUCUGUAAAUAAUUUUGUACAUGAUGAUCUCACCGAUAAUCAAUAUGCUAGAAUGAUAGAAAAGGGUAUGACUUUAGAACAAUAUAAGGCUCACCUCGAUUCCAAAAAGAAAAAGAAGAAAGGCUUAUCAACAUCAACUCCAAAAUCUAAAAGAGGUAGAAAGAAGAAGGCUGGAAGUGAUGAUGAAGAAGAAGAGGAGGAGGAUGACGAUGAUGAUUUAAUCUCAUCUGAUGAAGAGGGCGAAGAAGAAACUAUUCAAGCACCAAAAAGAGUAUUUGCUAGCCGUAGAUUAACACCACAACAACGUAAGCUACAAAGAGAAGAUCAAGAUCAAGAGCAAGAUCAGGACCAAGAAACAGAUAAAAAAUAUUCUGAUGACGAAAAUGAAGAUGUUCUCAUUGAUGGUGAUAACAACAAUAUAAAUGAAAAUAAAAAUGAUAACCAAACAAUUAGUCACAAUAACGAAUCAAAUAAUAUAAUAGUUUCUGAAGAUCCAAAUGCUAAUGGUGAAUCAACCGAAAAAAGAAAAAGAGGAAGACCAAGACUUUCGUCAACAGGUAGUAAUAGUAGUAAUAACAGUAACAAUAGUGAUAAUAAUGAUACCAAUACCAAUACUCCAGCUAAAAGAAAAUUUGAAGAAAUUAAAAAACCAAAUACUAGUCCAAAACCAUCUAAAAAAUCAAAAUAAAAUUUUUUUUUAUUAAAAACU